AUGAAGCAUGAGCCACGAGACGAGGGAGACUCUUUGACUCCCAAGAAAGACCUUGAUCAAGCAAGCAAGGCUUUCGAGGGACGUACGGAGCGGAGCGCAAACGGCACGACAGGUAGAGGUCCGCAGUUGCUUGAUCGUGAGAAACAAGACAAUCAGAGUCGGUUUGCAUGGAGUCAUGACCGGUCACACACGGAGACAAGGCAGGCAGAUGUCGCAGGAGACGAGAUCGAGAUCACGAGGGCAUCCAAGUUAGACGACCAGACAGCCAAAAGCUUGUCGUUGCGCAAGAGAGAGGCUGAGCUGAAGAAGGCUGAGGACACAGGAGACGAGAUCAAGAUCGCAGACGCCCUCCUGAGAGUCAGGGAGGCAGAGCUGAAGGAGGCUGAGGACACAGGAGACGAGAUCGAGGUCGCGAGGGCACGCAAGUCAGUCGACCAGGCAAGGCUAAGCUACUUUGUGCACACGAGAGAGGCUGAGCUGGAGGAGGCUGAGGACACAGGAGACAAGAUCGAGAUCCUCAAGGCACGAAUCAGGGUCAGGGAGGCAGAGCUGAAGAAGGCUGAGGACACAGGAGACGAGAUCGAGAUCGCAGACGCCCUUCUUGCCCUCAGGAUGGCAGAGCUGGAGGAGGUUUGGCUGAGAGGAGACCAGAUAAAGCCCGCACUGACCGUUACGUCGGUAACGGACAUGGCAGCAUCAUCAAGAGGCUACGCUCGCUGGCGAGGUGUACAAUGCUAG